UCCUGCAUUCAGCUGCCAUGGAGAUGAAAUAAAGCCUCUUGUGCUGCUGAGGGUUGCCCUGAGAAAUCGUAGGCAAUCACAGAUAAAGGAGAGAAGAUUUGGGAACGGGCACCCUUCUGGAUAGAAAAAAAGGAAGAGAAGAUUGUCUGCAGAAAGGAUCGGCUUCCUGCAGUGAUGUUUACCCUGUCAGAAGUUACUUUCUUCAACGACAGCCUUGCCCAGUUCCAGUCUUUAAAGCCUUGGUGGGAUGUUCUGAUGGACUAUUUGGGACUAGCAAUGCUGAUGAUUUCUCUUCUCUCAGGGACUCUAUUAAUCUCUGUUGAUAACAUGACUUGCCUUCCUCUGAAUAAUAAGCCAAAUGAGACUUCAGCAGUUGUACCCAAGCCUCAAGCUGUGGAUAAAACCAUCAGUGAAGAGCUUCCUGUGGCAAACAGUCAUCGCUCAAUCAAUCUGGACUACCAACAGUAUCUAUACAUCAGCUAUGUCUGUUAUCAGAAAGUUUUGCCCUGGUUCUUGAAGUAUUUCCCUUACUUCGCACUUGUCAAUUCACUGUUCUUAAUGGCAAGCAACAACUUCUGGCUCCGAUAUCCUAAGACUUCAUCAAAGAUUGAACACUUCUUGUCCAUUCUGUUGAAAUGUUUUGAGUCACCUUGGACCACCAAGGCUCUCUCUGAAAUAGGUUGCCCGCACUUCCUAGGUGUGCGCACUGUUAAUAUGGGGUAUCUAGGACGACUCAAGUCUCCUUCCCCUUCUCCCAUCCUAGAUUCAAAGGAUCGGGAACUUGGCAAGGCCCUUUUUGAGAAGAUCCGUAGAUUCAGGGCACACACUGAAGGUGGUAGGAUGAUUUAUAGAAUCUAUUUGGGACAAACCAUCUUCAAAACUGCAAAGGUUCUAACUGUGCUAAGUUAUACCUUCAACUGUGUAGGAUCUAUCUCCUUCAAGCAUCUUUGCCUGGCAGACAUACAAAACGUCAUUGGCUACUCUACAUUCACCUGUACCCAUAGCAUGGCUUUCAUUCUACAGAAAUUGAUAGCUACUUAUAUUUUUUUAGUAUUCCUGUAUGGAAUUGUGGGGGUUUAUUCAUUCUUUUGGCUUUUGUGGCAACCACUGCAGAAAUAUUCUUUUAAGCAAGCACAUGAAGACUGUCGUGUCUUUGAUAUCCCAGAUGGACAGAAUGAUUUUGCUUUUUUGCUACACAUGGCUGACCAAUGUAAUCAACUCUAUUCAUGGCGGCUUGCUAAUUUCUUAUCAGCCAUGCACAAGAAUGACAUGCUAGAUGUAGUCCCCAGUGGUAAAUUGGGAACUAAUGAUAAGGCUGGUUCCCAUUAUCUUUCCCUAUCAUCAAAAUAAAACAGAUAUUCUUGUAAGUAAGUGAAUAACCAUUCUAGCAAAUCCUUAACAAAUUAUUUUAUUGAUUAAAAAGACCAGAAGCUGAGUGUUUCUGUUUUAGGUGCCAUAAAAAUUCAGGUGUGAUCCACUUAUCCAAACAGAAGAAAAUCUUUGAAAAUUGCAUAUAAUAAACAAGAAAUGCCCUUUGAAAAUAGCCCAGAUUAAUUUAGGGCUAAUGCAAUUCUAUUUUACUCCUUGCUAAAAGUUAUGCAAGAAAAGAAAGUUAUAUUGGAAGCAAGUCACAUGAUAAUAUGCCUAGAAUGAAUCAUUUAUCCUAAGGGAAAAUAAGUUUAGGAAUUGAUAAGUAGAUAAAACAACCAGGUCAUAAUUUGAGUGUAGUGGGCUUUGAGUAUAAAAUGAAAGACCUGGUCUGACUGUUGUUAUCUUAUUGCCAAGUCCCCCAGCUUAAAAAAAAAGAAAAUAUAUUUUACUUCUUAUUUUACAAACAUAAAAGGGAGCAUCCUCUAUAAAUUGAAAACAGAGGAAAUGGAAGAAGAGGAAGUAGAGGAAUGCCAAUCCUGCUCCUCCAUAGGCAAUAAGUGAGCAGAAACACACUGAACAAAAUCUAGAGCACACUUCAUUGCAACUAAUACUGUUAUGGAAAUUGGAUAGACUACAACAAAAGGUCAAAUUCUCUGACUAAAAAAACCAAUAUUGGAAAAGCAUUUUUUCCCUUUCCUUUUAAGCAUUAGAGAUUUGUCGGUAAAAUGAAGAAAAAGUGAUAAAUAUAUGUCAGAGGAAUUUAAAUGAAUAACUCUUACCAUAGGAACUGGUUUUAUUUUUCAUUACAUGAUUACUAUGAGAGAUUAUGGGAAGUGGGAAAGUCAUGGAAGGAACAUUGGAUAUAAAGCAUCAAGAGAUAAGAAAGAAUUUGGUAAUAAACAGCAGCUCAGCCCAGGCUGCAAAAAGCCUAGGAAGAAGAAAUUGAUGGUUCAAAGAGACACAAAUCUUAAUCAACCACUAAUGCAAGAAGACAGGGAAUUUGAUGCUGUUUCCAAGAUUCUUCUAUUUACCUUCAAUCCUAACAUUAAACACACUUUAUAGAA